CACACCAUUUAAACUUCCUAGACUCUCUCUCAAGUGACUUGCUCUUCCCACCACACAUAUUUUCAGAUUUUUCCCUUCCAUUAGCCAAAACAUGUUUUCAGAUUUGAUCUCUCUCCCUCUCUCUUAGGUCUUAGCUUAGGCAUUCAACUCCGUUUCACUGCUUCAAUGCCGGUGCCGUUGUUCACUGCCAGCUAGAUUUGCUAUCACCAGUGUAAGGCCAAGGUGAAGAGAUCCCAAAUCGGUAUCUAAUUUCCGGCCGAAACCCGGUAUAUAUCCCGGUACGGUACGAAACACCACCGUUUCUGUACCGAUGUACGCACCGGUACGAAAUAUACCGGCCGGUACGUUACGAAAUUGUCUUCCUUGCUUCGGGACCGUACUGUGUCUGCAUGUGCGUGUUGUCCUCAUCCUUAUCUUCUUCAUAUCAAUUGUGAUCUGUUGGUCAUGACUAUGAUCUUGGGUGGAAGGUCCUUUAAGCUUCCUCAUACAUUUUUAACGCUUCUCGUUUUAGUGCACUUGAUGAGAUUAGCCCUUGGCGGAUUCAUUCCAGGAGUUGGAGAUGCUAACAACUCCAACUCCAGAAGGUGAGAGACAAGCGCUGCUUGAGUUCAAAAGAGGAAUCAGUAGUGAUCCCUAUGGCGGUCUCUCUUCAUGGGGGAGCGAAGAUGAAAAAAGGAAUUGCUGCAACUGGCAAGGAAUUCACUGCAGCAACCAAACAGGUCAUGUAGUUCAGCUUCGUUUCGAUGGUUUGGGAGGUAUGAUUAGUCCUUCACUACUUGAAUUGCCUUAUUUGGAUCUCAGUGACAAUGAUUUUAAUUAUAGCCAUAUCCCAGAGUUCAUUGGUUCUCUAAGCAACUUAGAACACCUAGGUCUCUCUUCGUCCAAUCUUAGUGGGCCAAUAUCUUCAUCUUGGCUGGAAUAAUUUGACAAAAUCUGAAAAUCUCGAAUGGUUGUCUCAUAUGUCUUCAAUAGAAGAUCUUGACCUAAGUUUAACAAAUCUCAGUGGUGCCAAUGAUUGGCUUGAAGUUGUGAGUGGUCUCCCUAAUUUAAAAACCUUGGAUAUGUCGGCAUGUAAUCUUCCUCUAACGAGUCUUUCAUCUUUUUCCCAAUUCAAUCAUUCAAAAUCUUUUACUUCUCUUGAAAGUCUGCAACUCGGUGAUAAUGAAAUUAAUGACAUUCCAAAAUUCUUUGGGGAUAUAUGUACUUUACGUGAAUUGGGUUUGUCAGGGAACAAUCUCAAUGGACAACUCAUUGAGCAUAUCAAUGACUUGUUUGGAUGUGCAAAGGACUCAUUAGAGGUUUUGGAAUUAGCAAGGAACCAAUUAUGGGGAUUAUUGCCUGAUUUUGCAAUGUUUCCAUCAUUAAAAGAGAUUUAUCUUUGGUCCAACAAAUUAAAUGGGACUAUGCCCAAAACCAUUGGAAACCUUCAUAAUCUGGAGCAUUUGGAUGUUUCUUUGAAUUAUUUGCAGGAAAUCAUCUCUGAAGCACAUUUCUCAAAUCUUUCCAAAUUAUUGUCAUUGGACUUAUCUGGUAAUUCUCUUACUCUUGAAUUUGACUUCAAUUGGGUUCCCCCUUUCCAAUUGCAACAAUUAUAUUUGCGAUCUUGUAAGUUAGGGCCUAGAUUUCCAAAUUGGAUCCGAACCCAAAGGAAUGUUACCGUCCUUGACAUCUCCAAUGCUGAAAUUUCUGAUACCGUUCCAGAAGAGUGGUUUGCGAACUUGCCUCCUAAAUUAUAUAGUUUAAAUAUUUCUAGCAACCAAAUACAUGGACAGCUACCUAAUGUGUCGACAAUGAGUUGGUUUGAACCAGAAUUUGUUUUGAGUGAACUAGAAUUUGAUUUGAGUGCUAACCGUUUAGAGGGUCCACUACCACUUUUUUCAAGUAAUGUCAGCUCCUUGAAUCUCUCCAAAAAUCGCUUUUCAGGGCCACUUUCACCUCUUUGUAAAAUCAAUGAUGGGUGGUUGGGUUUUCUAGACCUAUCUGAUAACCUAUUAUCUGGGCAACUUCCUAAUUGUUUUAUGGAUUGGCCGAAUUUACUUAUCUUGAAUUUGGCAAACAACAAUUUCUCUGGGGAAGUUCCAAGCUCUUUCGGCUUCUUGUCGAAUCUCCAGACAUUGAGUCUACAUAAUAACACUUUCUCUGGAGAUUUUCCUAAUUCCUUGAAAAAUUGUAGCAACUUGAGAUUUAUGGACUUGGGAAACAAUAGAUUCUCUGAAAAAAUACCAGCAUGGAUUGCAGAAGACCUGCCACAAUUGAUUGUUCUUAUCCUACGUUCCAAUAAGUUUAGUGGAAGCAUACCAUGGGAUACAUGUAAGUUGAAAUAUUUACGAAUCCUGGAUCUCUCUUUAAAUGACAUCUCUGGAACUAUACCACAGUGCCUCAAUAAUUUCACUGCCAUGGCUCACAAAGCUAACUCUUCGACUAAUCUUUUUAAGGGUCCUUUUUUUAGCAGAAAUGAAUAUAUUGGAGAUUAUGUUGACAGUGCUAUGGUUGCAUUGAAAGGAAGGGAGUACAAGUUUGGCAGAAAUCUUGGAUUGCUAAAGAUCAUUAACCUUUCAAGUAACAACUUGACAGGAAAACUUCCUACUGAAAUCACUAGCCUUUUGGAGUUAGUUGUACUGAACGUAUCCAAAAACAACUUAAUUGGAGAAAUUCCGCAAACAAUUGGUCAGUUGAAGCAGUUAGAAUCAUUUGAUAUGUCAUGGAAUCAGUUUUCAGGCGUAAUCCCAUCAAGUAUGUCAGAAUUACAGUUUUUGAGCUACCUAGACCUAUCUUUCAACAAUUUAUCUGGAAAAAUUCCUUCAGGCACUCAACUCCAAGGCUUUGAUGCAACUUGUUUUAUUGGAAAUAGGGCUCUUUGUGGGCCUCCACUGAAACAAAAGUGUCCAGGUGAAGAAACACCAAACCAAAGUUUACCAACUGACAAUGGCAGUACUGAAGAUUACGAGGACAAUAGAGAUGAAUUCAAGAAACGGUUUUAUGUUGGAGCAGGAAUUGGAUUUGCUGUAGCUUUUUGGGGCAUGUGCAGUUCUUUGAUUCUAAAGCGGUCAUGGAGACAUUCUUAUUUCUUAUUAUUGGACAACAUGAAGGAUUGGCUAUACGUAACAAUGGCGGUGAACAAGGCAAGAUUUUGGAGGAUGUUUCAAAGACAGGCGUAACCACUUUUAAUGUGAGGUUAACAAAGAAGUAGCAGAGAUUGCCACUGAAAGCGAUACAUUUAACCUGGAUGGUAAAUUUCACUUAGCAAUUGCAUGAAGUUGAAGAGGUUCUAUCUAGUGCCUUUAAUAGUUUUCUUUUACCUUGGUGUUAAUGUCUGUCUACUGGAGCUGCACAUGUAUAUAUGAGUGUCAAGACUCGUUUGUAAUAUAUGUGUGGGUGUGGUCUAGAUGAUUUAUUUUAUUACCUUUUCUCUCAUCACCAUCAUUGUCAGCUUCAAUAAUGUAAAUUUACAAACAGAUCUUAUGUAAUUUUAAUUUAGUUGAAGUGUACUUGUACCUUCGAUUGUGAUGUUAUUGGUGGUUAUUAGCCAUGUGGCCCCUCUUUCGGGGGCAUUUAGACAUUGUUGAAUGGAUAUGCGUGUUAGUUUAAGAAUCUCGAGAGUCAAGAGAAUGCUUUCUUUAA